GCCAGCUAGGGUUCGCAUGCAGAGCUCGCCACUGCAUUCAAAUUGCCUUCCUUAAAUUGUAUUCCAACGAGAUUGGACGCAUUCAUAACGUUGUUGCAGCAUUGUUGCGGACGUCUUUCUCUUUCCAGUGUUUCAUAGGUGGACGUGUAGUGGUCGUGAAAUGGUCGCAUCAAUUGGAGUAGAGCGGCCCCAGAGCCUCCUAAAGCUGCAAUUUUAUAAUACCAUGCCGAGCUUUGGACUCAUGCAGACGCUGUAAGGCAGCGAAUGGGGACAGGCUGCGGACCUCAGCUCCAGGUUCUGCUGAACAGUGCAAGUCAGAAUAUCGGUGCUAGCUUGAGCAAAGGUUCUUCAGUUGCACGAUGUGAAUGCUGAUGUAAAGCUGCCAGCAUUUUCAAUUCUUGGGCCAAUAACAACUCGAAGCAGUGGCAUCAAAGACAAGAUGGCAAGGGCUGCUGAAAAUGACGAUGACUUGUCCAUGUUGAUGCCAAAGAGCGUUCAAGGCUUGAAGCCCUCUGAGAGUGCUGAGAGUGAGUCGCAGGCAUUGAGGGAGUAUCUAGACCUGCAGAACGAGAAGGUGCAGCAGAAUGAGCUUGCCGCUGCUGUCCCCCAUGAGGUGUUCCUCCCUGCUUACAACAGAAGGCGCGACAGGCCUCCAAACCAGUGGAAUGAAAGCAGAGGUCUUCUACCUGCUUCGCCUCUUAAGUUCACUGGCAGGAAAGCAGCUGCUGAUCCCUUCUACAAAAAGGCCGGUGAAAAGAUUGAAGGCGCCUGGGAUGCUACAUCUGGUCAGAACACGCCCAAACGGAACGCUUUUCAACUUGUCACCGACGAGAACGCGCCCCCCUUGGAGCUCCUUCCCACUGCCUCCAAGCAGCGCAAAACGGAGCGCGAGGAGCGUAAGCAGAAGGGGAAGGCGCGUGGCUUUAACAAGCGACCCUUUGGCCUGGACCUGAAGCAGCACCCCAGGAAGGAGCACACAAUCGAGAGCGAGUCUGAUUGGAAGAAGCUGGAAGGACAGCUGGCGACGGUGCACACGGAGCGGCGACAGGCAAAGCUUGUUGACGGGCAAAGCAAAGGAGGAGAGGUGCCGGCUCGAAGGAGGGGCUGGGUCGCAGCACGACGUAAGAGCCUGCUACAGAGCAAGUCAGAAGCAGAGCUGAAGUCUCCGGGUCUUGUAAAGGGACAAGAAGACAAAGAUGGUGGAUUGCAUCCAAGUGAUGAAAAGCUGGAAGAUGAGGAGAAUUCAGGAAGCAGGGGCAACGGAGACCUUCCCGGGGCGCUGGCUACAGAGUUAGUCAGGCGGGCAAGAAAGCCGGCGGCUGGGAUCAACGGGCUUUUCUGGCCGCGGUCAUCUUUGCAGCAAGAGGGUCAGGAGACCAGACGUCCGGUGCAAAGCAGUGAGGGGACGAUGAUGGACGCGGGUUUGGACAUGGAGAUUGACGAGUCGGACGAAGAAGUGGAGGGGCCGCUGAAAAGAGCGGAGGAGAUCGCGGGUGGCCCACAAGAUGAUGCACAAUGGACUUUCAACCCUCUCUUCGGCGGUCCAGAUGCCACGGAGCAUUUGCCGCAAGUCAAGCCCCCGCCUCCCAACACAACGGCCGAGAUCGAAGCACCCGAAACCGCCUCGCCUUUGCCAGUGAACUCAACCGAAGCUCAGCCCCCAAAUACUCCCCAAACCUUCCCUCCUGAUAAAAGCAACUUCCCCAAGGAAGUCGAACGAGCUCGCAUAGUCUCUCCUCUAGUAUCUCAGGCAGCGUCGAAUCUGGUGUCACCAAGCCAGGGGGUCAGGAAGUCGCCCAGUCUUGACACCGACGGCGAAGAAGCUCAGGCAGCGGCGGCCCUUGCAGAGAUGGAUCUGGGUGGGGGGUUUGGAAUUGCAGCGGCAGCAGCCCCCCAGGAAGAAGAGAUAGAUUUUCCAGCGUUGGAAGGAUCGCCGCCUCCGGUCGCCCCGGUGGAGACUUCCGAGGGCGAGGAGAAUAACAGCCAGAAUCCGUUCGGGUUGGCAGUCGCUGAAAGGAGCAUAGUCCCACAAGCAGAGGAGCUCCAACCACAGCAGACUGGUCGAGGAAAGAAGAACAAGAGACUGAUGCUGUUACACGGACGGACGAGCCUAGCGGAUGCUGGCCUGCGGACAGAGCAUGGUGUUCGCAGAACGACCAGGGCGCGCAUCCGGCCGCUCGAGUUUUGGAGGAACGAGACAGUCGUCUAUGAAAGAUCUCACAACAGUUUACCCACGAUCGCGCGUGUCGUCACACUGUCUCCUGACCCUUUGUGGCCACGACCAGAGGGUCGCGAAGCCUUUCGCCUGCAGCGGAAGAAGCUAAAAGAGCUCGGUCAAGCGGAAGAAGUUUUAACUUUGUCAAUGUCGUAAUAUUUUCGUGGCACGCUACAUGCUACAAGCUAGCUUAGAUACAAGGAGCAGAGGACGCCUUCUCAAGAUCUGUAGCUGCCAAUCGCGGUGCCAGUGUAUACUAGUUAAUCGGUGCAGAUCAAACGAGGUCCCACGUGAAGUCGCCUGCUUACAAGCUUCCCAUGAUCUGAGGCUGGUCGUCUUGUGUCAUACGGAGACACGCCAAGGGCUGACCGAGAAAGAUGAUAAUUGGCUGCUAUGGAAGUAAAGGACGGUGGAGUACAAAUGCCGAGCCUCGGUUGGUUACUGUAUAGUGUACAGCAAUAACAGAUCGUCCCAAAUACAGAUGUCUAAUUCUUCAUAACGACCUUAGGCUGAUUUACCAGUGCAAACUGUUAUUGUUAAAGCAGAUUCAACAAAUGCUGAUCAUUGCCAGGUAUCAACAACUCAACGUACAUGCUGG